AUGCUGUGGCCAACUGAUCGGCGACGUGCAACGAUGGCGGUUCCGGUGGCAUCUCCGUCUACGGCUACAGCCCGUGCCCUCGUCUUUGCACUUGCGGUUGUGCUCGCCGUGGUGACUGCCGACGGCGACUCCGGCCAUGCAAGCUUCAGCGGGGCGGCGAACGGCGGCAAUGCGCCGUCGUUGAGGGCCGGCGAGGAGGGCAGGGAGUUAGCUGUUGGCGAUCAUGUGCCGGCGUCGAGGGUGUCGGUGGUAGGUUGCGUGUGCGUGCCGUCGACGGUGUCACUGGAAGGCUGCGCGUGCCCGCCAACACCGCCACCGCCACCUCCCGCAUGCCCGCCACCGCCUCCACCUCCACCACCGGCGUGCCCGCCGCCGCCUCCACCGCCACCUCCAGCGUGCCCUCCGACGCCGUGGGAUUUCGAAAACGAGAAGUUGAAGCGGCUGUACCCGGUGAUCCAGGCGUUCAAGCGGACCAUCACGAGCGACCCGCUGAACGUGACGGCGACGUGGGUGGGCACCAACAUCUGCGACAGCUCCAAGGGCGGCGGCGCGUACAAGGGCUUCUACUGCGACACGCCGCCGGACGACGCCAACAAGACGCUCACCGUCGCCUCCAUCGACUUCAACGGCUUCCACCUCUGCGCGCCCACGCUGGCCGGCUUCAUCGACGCCUUCCCGGACCUGGCCCUCUUCCACGCCAACUCCAACAGCUUCUCCGGCGCCCUCCCGGACCUCACCUCCCUGCGCUACUUCUACGAGCUCGACCUCUCCAACAACGCCUUCUCCGGCGCCUUCCCGGCCGCCGUGCCGCCGCUCGGCCGCCUCGCCUUCCUCGACCUCCGCUUCAACGGCUUCGCCGGCGAGGUGCCGCCCUCCGUCUUCGGCAUCUCCGUCGAGGCGCUCUUCCUCAACAACAACGCCUUCACCGGCGUCAUCCCGGAGAGCACCUUCGGCACAAGCAGGGCCCAGUACAUCGUCGUCGCCAACAACCGCUUCACCGGCCCCAUCCCGCGCACCAUCUUCAACGCCUCCGGCACGCUCUCCGAGAUCCUCUUCCUCAACAACGACCUCUCCGGCUGCCUCCCCUACGAGAUCGGGCUGGUGGAAGGGCUCACCGUGUUCGACGCCGGCGGCAACGAGAUCCGCGGCCCCAUCCCGCUCUCCUUCGGCUGCCUCGCCGACGUCGAGGAGCUCAACUUCGCCCGGAACCAGCUCUACGGCCACGUCCCCGACGUGCUCUGCCUCCUCGCCAAGACGGGGAAGCUCACCAACCUCUCGCUCUCCGACAACUACUUCCACUCCGUGGGCUACCACUGCAUGGAGCUGGUGAGGAGCCGCGUGCUGGACGUCCGGCGGAACUGCAUCCUCGGCUUCCCCGGCCAGCGGCCGCACAUCGAGUGCGCCAUGUUCUACGCAGACCCCACCAAGCACUGCCCCUUCAUCCCGCACAUACCCUGCGACCUCCCGGGGUUCAAGCCGAAGACGACGGCCGCCGCCGCGUUGCCGGCGCCGGGGGAGACCGCGGUGCAUGGCUACGGCGGGGACGGGAGCGUGGCGGUGGGAACUGCUGACGUGGGGAUAGGUGGUUAA